AUGAGAUCUCCAAUUGCCUUCCUCCUUCUACUCCUCAUCUCUUCUGUGGCAGGAUAUGCUCGUCCAUCUUUUGUGACACCUUCGAGUCUUCGCAAAUCGGAUCCUCAGCGCUUGCUGCGACGUCAAAAUGAGUACGCUCAGCCCAACUCUCGGCGUGGUCCUGUUUCCAAGCCAAUUCCUGAGGCAGUCCACAAUACGCACCGUGUGGAGCUUCCUGGAAAGCACAAGGAUGGACCAUGGUUCACCAAGAAUCAGCACAAGAAGGAGAAGAAUAACAAGAAGGGCAAGAACGAGAAAAAUGACACCGGCGGACGAGCUUUUACGUAUGGCAAGGUCCCCAGAUGGUAA